AUGGACAACAUCGACGAGGAAUUAGACCGGCUCGUUGAACACCUUCGCGACUGCACGAGGAAGGAGAGAAGAGCAGAAGUGCUGGCUGAAGCUGCAGAGGUGGGUAAAAUCAUCCGCUAUGCCAGUCGAGACUUCGCCGAUUGCAAGUCGAAGAUGACUUCUAUCCUUAACCCAAAGGGAACAACCAUUUCAUCAAGAAGGGAUAUGGAGAAAAUCAUCUACGACUUCUACUCUGAUUUCUUCGACAGCCAUGUCCACUUGCCUCCUCACUAUUUGAGGGAAGACGGACAUGUACGUCGCACAGCACAUAAAGGUACUUCGAGAGUUUUACAGUGA